AAAAGAAGAAAAAAACAAGAAGUGUCAGCACAAUCGAUGCAUAUCGUUAUGCGCGGUAGGUAGCUGGCCGAAACUAAAAUAAUUCAAGCCGUCCGCGGUCCGAAAGGAAACCUCAGUUCGUCUUCCUAGUACGGUUUUCUGCCGCAACAGUUUGGGGGUUUUUUCAAUCAUGGCCGAUCCCGGCUUGCCAAUAACAGAAGGGAUUCUAAUAAAUCUCUCUGGUAUGGUUUCUAUCUGCUCUAGGUUUUCAUUUAGACCACAAGAACACAUAUUGGAAAUAUCAUGGUUGUUACGUCAUUCGUUCGAUUCUUAUAAAUGAUUUAUUACAGUUUAAGGAGCCCAGAAGUUUUAACUGGGUCUCAGUUAACUGGGCAAACCGAUGUCAUUGUUUCCCUGCAACCGGCUGGAACACGCAGAGAGUGAAGAGCAUAAAUGCUUUUGUUGAUCCUAGCUGGAAAUUUGCUGCAUUAACUAAGUUUUAGAAUAUUGACGUGAUUGUGUUUCCUCAAUGCAUGAACACAAGGAAGUAUUAAUCCAAUGGAAGUAGGACCUCCCAAUCACCAAUUUUUAUUUUGUUUAUCGUCUUGCAAACCUGCACCUUCCCAUAAUUAUCUUAUAAUCUGGGCCUUGCUGCUAUUUUUCCCCUUGUAUGAGAUUGAACUAUUUACUUCAGUUGGGAAUGUUGCUGCCGAUAGAAGACGGCGACAUGCAAUCACAGUUGGGAAAGAGAGAAGGGAAUCAUUAGUGCGUGCUAAACGGCUAUGUCGGGUUGGCAUUAGUAGUGAUGGCGAGGUUUCUCUUGAUAAUGAAAUGAUGAUUGAUGAUGAACAAUCGAUUUUGGAAUCUCAAACCUUUGCAGUCGAAGAACUGAAGUCUGCCGUUGCUUAUCAGGGGAAGGGUGCAAUGCAGAAAAGAGUGAGUGCCCUUCAAGAACUAAGGCGUUUGCUGUCAAGAUCUGAAUUUCCUCCUGUUGAGGCUGCUGUCAAAGCUGGAGCAAUAUCCAUACUAGCUCAAUGUCUUUCAUUUGGUUCCCCAGAUGAACAGCUGCUUGAGGCUGCUUGGUGCCUUACAAAUAUUGCAGCAGAACCUAGAAGAAACAAGGCUUUGUUGCCUGCAUUGCCUUUGCUUAUUGCUCAUCUGGGGGAAAAGAGCUCCUUGCCUGUUGCUGAACAGUGUGCUUGGGCACUAGGAAAUGUGGCUGGUGAAGGUGAGGAGUUGAGAAAUGUUCUGCUUGCUCAGGCAUUACUACCUCUUGCAAGAAUGAUGCUGCACAAAGGAUCAACCGUGAGAACAGCUGCCUGGGCUUUGUCCAAUUUAAUAAAGGGCCCAGAUCCUAAGGCUGCAUCAGAACUCAUCCAUGUUGAUGGAGUAUUGGAUGCAUUAAUCCGUCAUUUGAAAAAAGCGGACGAUGAACUAGCUACAGAAGUUGCCUGGGUAAGUUAUCUAUCAGCACUAUCAAAUGUAGCUACUAGUAUGCUGGUGAAGAGUGAUGUACUUCAGUUGCUUGUAAACAGGUUGUCAGCAUCAAGCAGUUCAUUACUGAUUCCGGUUUUGCGGUGUUUAGGUAAUAUAAUUGCUGGCGAUUCCAUUACAAAUGCUGUUAUUGUCCCAGGACGUGAAAUUACAGAUAAUGUCAUUGAAGUGCUAGUGAAGUGUCUGAAAAGUGAGCACAGGGUCUUAAAAAAGGAAGCAGCAUGGGUGUUGUCUAAUAUAGCUGCAGGUUCUGUUGAGCACAAGCAGCUAAUAUUUUCCAGUGAGGCAAUGCCUUUGCUAUUGCGCCUUCUUUCUGCAGCACCAUUUGAUAUAAGAAAGGAAGCAGCGUAUGUAUUGGGCAACCUUUGUGUUGCGCCAUCUAAAGGUGAAAGUGGUGAGAGACCGAGUCUGAUCCUGGACCACUUGGUUCCUCUUGUCGAAAGAGGAUGUUUGCCUGGCUAUAUCGAUUUGGUUAGAUCUGCUGAUAUUGAGGCUGCUAGGUUAGGACUUCAAUUCAUAGAGCUGGUCCUGAGGGGGAUGCCAGGCGGCGGGGGACCCAAGCUUGUAGAACAAGAAGAUGGGAUUGAAGCCAUGGAAAGAUUUCAAUUUCAUGAAAAUGAAGAUCUGAGAACCAUGGCAAAUAGUCUAGUUGACAAGUAUUUUGGAGAGGACUACGGACUUGAUGACUAGUUGAUCGGUGUUGUCAGGAUUAGCGACCGAUCCCUGGUCUUACAGCGGUAUACUUGGUUCAUGGUCCGUCCAGAUUAUAAUUAGUUACACUACCGACCUUACUUGCUAUUUUUCAUCCAAGACUAGGUGGAACUUUAUCUGGGGUGGACAUGUUUGAUGAAGCUGUCACGGACUUCUGGGUUUGCAGCCUUGUGGCUUUUUUUUGUGAGAAUAUAUUAACGUACUGGAAAUGUAAAUUUUGGUUCCGGGUGAAUGUAGUGUCUUGAGUUUUCCCACCAUGGGCAAGCAUUUCUCCUCUUUAUUGGUAUUGAAUUUGAGGAUUUGGAUUUCUCUAAAAUUCAAUGUGUAGCUUGGAUACGAUGGCCAAAGAAAGAAAUGUUGCAUGGUUACUUCCAGAUGAUAA